AUGCUGAACGCCGCGAACGGCACCCGCCAGCGGAAGUACGGCUGGGCCUUCGUGGGCGGCAUGCACGACACGCCCUGGGGCAACCGCGCCGACAUGGUCUCCGAGCUGCUGGGCGGCAAGCGGUUCAGCCACGACGACCAGCUCGACUCGACGGAGGCCUUCGUCGGGCAGAAGAAGGGCGCCGAGAUGUUCGACGUGUACAAACAGGCUGUGUUCGCUCCGAACUUGCCGGGCGCCAAGAACAAUGAAUGUUUCAGGGUCUACGAGUCCGCGAUUGCGGGCGCCAUCCCCGUCAUCGUGGGGGACGCGCACGAGAUCCAGCGGAGGGGCUGGGGGCCCGCGGGCGCGAUCUGA